AUGACAUAUGUGGUAAAAUAUUUGGAUAUACAAAAUGUGGAUGAGAAUAUUAACCCAGAAAAUCAGCAGAUAGCUGACUACAUUAUAGAAAAUAUUGAUGCACUAGAGAAUGCUCAGGAAUUUACUUCAUCAGUGGUAUCUCAAGAUGCGAUUGGGGCCACUCCAAUGAACAAAAAUAUGGGCAUGACUUCAGCAAAGAAGGUGCCCAAAACGAAGUAA